AUGGCUAGCACGAAAUCGCAAGCUGACGAACGCGCCAGAGCAGAAAUCGUGCAAGGAGCAGAAGAAUGUUACCAGCAUUCCAUCGAGCUGCUAGAAGAGCUGGGAUUUCCCAGAGGUGUACUUCCUCUCAAGGACCUCGUAGAAUGUGGACGAGUUCGUGAGACGGGUUUUGUUUGGAUGAAACAGAAGGCUCCCUAUGAGCAUUUCUUUGUUGGGAGUAACACACUUGUUAGCUAUGCAAAUGAGGUUACUGCAUACGUAGAGAAAGGCAGAAUGAAGAAAAUGACUGGUAUAAAGAGCAAACAGUUUCUUUUAUGGGUGCCAAUAGUUGAAAUGAGUAUUGAGGAACCUGAUGCUAAGAAAAUUUAUUUCAAGACUCCUAUGGGAAUUGGCAGGUCUUUUCCUGUUACUGCUUUUAUGAGUCCAGAGGAAAAUAAGAUUUAUCUGGAGAAUGUCAAGGAGCCAUGA